CGGAGCUAAUCAUUUCAUCUCAUCCGACGGCUUCAGAUCCGGUGUCAGACAUGGACGGCGUCCCUUCCGGCGGGGGCGAUUCCUUCUUCUCCCCUCUCUGCAUCUUCCUCCUCGUCGUCGCUCUUCAGUCCCUCGAUGGCUUCCUGGAUAUCGUCAAAAAGAAAGGAAUGACAAGUGAGGAAGAAGUUCAAUUGCGCAAAGAAAUCAAGGAACUUUACAAAGAGGCUAGCUCCCUAUCAACGCCUUCAACCUUUGCUCAAUCUGCUAAACUUAAACGACUAGCUGCAGCCAAGGAAAAGGAGCUGCUUAGAAAACAAGAAGAGCGCAAGAAGGAGAAAACCUGGUUAUAUGAGCUGUCUGGGAGGGCCUUGCUGGCUUUGAAGGUACUGUUGUAUGGUGGUCUUGUACUUCGGUUUUGGGGAGUUCCUGUUGCAGCAGUUCCCCAACAUCUAUUGCAACCUUUUGGCAGAGUAUUGUCCUGGAAGUCUGGAAAUGCUGCCACAGGCCAAAUCAUGGUUGGCAUAAUUCCAUGGCUGGCUUUAACUUCUCGUGUCAGCAAAUUCUUGUGGCAAAAGUUCCAAAAAACCUUUUUCAGCAGUUAAACGUAGGACUACCAAACCUAAGAUUUUGUCUGAUUUUUUCCUCUACUUUUGUGUGUACCAUGUCACUCAAUUGGUCAAUAAACUUACGAAGCUGCAUACAUUUCGUAUUGAGGCACUUAACUUGCAGUGGCAACACUCCAUGUGUUCAACUGCUUUUUCAGAUUUAUGCUAUAUUUUUCUGACUCCGACAUGUAAAAACUUUGUUUUGUACAACAUUUUUGAAAGGAAUGGGAAAGUGAUUUUUCCUGACCA